AUGGUUAUUUCCACUUCACUCGGUACAACAAGGCUCUUUCCUAUCAGACAAGGCAUGUCUUUCUACAAAGCAGUUGGAAAUUACAUGAUUGUGUGCACAUGUAAGUUCAUUUUCUUCUUUGCCGGAUGA